UACCCUCUCCUCCGCCAUUUUGAAUUCGUCCGCAUUGCACAUGGAGUACCGGUCCAGUAGAAAGGAACUGUUGUAGUUUAUAUAUCGACAUUAAAUUGCCUUUCCAGUCAAGUGUAUGCGGACAGAAUGGAUCUAUUGAGUGUACUUGAGAAGACAGUCUCACCAGACCAACAGGAGUUAGAAGCAGCACAACGAUUUCUAGAACAGGCCGCACAGAGUAAUUUACAAGAAUUUUUGAAAUCCCUCUCAGAAAUUUUAAAGCAUGGAGGCAACAGUCCUGUCACACGAAUGCAGGCUGGGUUACAGUUGAAAAAUGCUCUCUACUCAAAAGAUCCGAACAUCAAGGCAGAAUACCAACAAAGAUGGCUGUCAUUUCCAGAAGAUGUCAGAAACAUGGUGAAAGCAAAUAUUUUGGCUGCAUUGGGAACAGAAACAAUCCGUCCAAGUUCAGCGGCCCAAUGUGUGGCUUAUGUAGCAUGUGCCGAACUUCCUGCCGGUUUGUGGCCCGACUUAAUAGCUGUAUUGACCAGCAAUGUGACCAACCAGAAUAGUACUGAGAUGAUGAAGGAAGCAACAUUAGAGGCCAUUGGCUACAUUUGCCAAGACAUUGAUCCAGAGAUUUUACAGAGCCAGUCCAAUGAAAUUCUUACAGCUAUUGUUCAUGGAAUGAAGAAGGAAGAACCUAGCAACCAUGUGAGAUUUGCAGCUACAAAUGCAUUAUUGAACUCCUUAGAAUUUACAAAAGCCAAUUUUGACAAAGAGACAGAAAGACAUUUCAUCAUGCAAGUUGUAUGUGAAGCAACCCAAUCACCAGACACAAGGGUUAGAGUUGCAGCUUUGCAGUGUAUGGUGAAGAUUAUGUCCCUUUAUUACAUGUAUAUGGAACACUACAUGGGUCCAGCACUUUUUGCAAUAACAAUGGAAGCCAUGAAGAGUGAUGUAGAUGAAAUUGCCCUCCAGGGAAUUGAAUUCUGGUCCACUGUUUGUGAUGAAGAAGUAGACUUAGCCAUUGAACUGUCAGAGGCUGCUGAGCAAGGAAGACCGCCAGAAAGAACUAGUCGUUUCUACGCUAAAGGCGCUCUGCAGUAUUUAUGUCCUAUCUUGUUACACAGCCUGACAAAGCAGGUAAUGCAUGAGGAGGUUGAUGAUGAUGACGAAUGGAACCCAUGUAAGGCUGCUGGGGUCUGUCUGAUGCUGAUGGCCACAGGAUGUGAAGAUGAUAUUGUACCCCACAUCUUGCCGUUCGUGAAAGACAACAUCCACAAUCAAGACUGGCGCUUCAGAGAUGCUGCUGUCAUGGCUUUUGGUUCAAUUUUAGAGGGUCCUGAUCCAGUGAAACUGAAGCCAAUAGUAGAACAAGCCAUGCCCAUGUUAAUCGAGUUAUUGAAGGACUCCAGUGUGGUGGUGAGGGACACGGCAGCCUGGACUGUUGGGAGGGUCUGUGAAAUCUUACCUGAUGCUGUCAUCACUGAGCAGUGUUUACAGCCUCUACUACAAGCCAUGGUGGAGGGCCUAGCUGCUGAGCCCAGGGUUGCCAGUAAUAUAUGUUGGGCAUUUUCCAGUUUAGCAGAGGCUGCUUAUGAUAGUGCAGACACUGGAGAUGAGAAUUCUGAGCCAGCCACUUACUGUUUAUCUACGUAUUUUGAACCUAUUAUAGAAAAACUCAUUCAAACUACAGAUAGAUCUGAUGGUAACCAACAUAACCUAAGAAAUGCAGCAUAUGAAGCCUUAAUGGAAAUGAUUAAAAACAGUCCUAAGGACUGCUAUGCCAUUGUCCAAAAAACAACAGUAGUCGUGUUAGAAAAAUUGGAGAGAGUACUGCAGAUGGAGAAUAUGAUUCAAGUUUCUACAGAUCGGGCCCAAUAUAAUGAUCUACAAUCCCUGCUGUGUGCAACAUUACAGAGUGUUCUCAGGAAAGUUGCCCCUGAGGAUGCCCCCAGCAUUUCGGACCAGGUGAUGAGUGCUUUGUUGCGUAUGUUCACAACCUCUGGUAAAGCAGGAGGUGUACAAGAGGAUGCUCUUCUUGCUGUGUCCACUCUAGUUGAAGUUCUGGGAGACAAUUUUAUGAAGUAUAUGGAAGCAUUUAAACCAUGUUUGAUUGUUAGCUUGAAAAAUUCCGAAGAACAUUCAGUGUGUUUAGCAGCUGUAGGACUAGUAGGAGAUUUAUGUCGAGCUCUAGGACAAAAGAUGUUACCGUACUGUGAUGAAAUAAUGGUGUUAUUGUUGGAAAAUUUAGGGAAUUCCACUGUGCAUAGAUCUGUAAAACCUCAGAUCUUAUCUGUGUUUGGUGACAUUGCAUUGGCCAUAGGACCUCAAUUUAAGAAAUACCUGGACAUAGUCAUGAGUACUCUACAACAGGCAUCCCAGGCACAGGUGGAAAAGACUGACUAUGAUAUGAUUGAUUACCUGAAUGAACUAAGAGAAGGUUGUCUAGAAGCUUACACAGGAAUUGUACAGGGCUUAAAGGGAGAUGGGGAACAACCAAAUGCUGAUGUGAAUUUAGUACAACCCCAUGUUGGUCAUAUAAUGUCCUUUAUAGAACACAUAGCAUUGGAUGAGGAUCAUUCAGAUGAAAAUAUAUCAGCCUGUUGUGGUCUUAUUGGUGAUUUGUGUACAGCAUUUGGAGCAGGCAUGCUGCCACUCGUUGACAAAGAAUCAAUCCAAGGAUUGCUUACUAAAGGUCGACGCUCCAAAGCAUCAAAGGCCAAAACUCUAGCCACAUGGGCUACUAAAGAAAUACGCAAACUAAAAAAUGCCUCAUGAUGACAGACUUUGAAACAGAACAGUUACUGUGUUGGGAUUAACAUCAGUUGACAGUCAAAACUGAAGUGAGGUGUGUGAGGGAGAGACUUGCUAAACACUUCUAUCCGAGAGAGAGGGGAGCGAGUGAGGGGAGAGAGACAUCUCAAAUUGUUUACCCAUAACAAAAAAAUAAACAAACAAAAUUGCCCCCACCAUACACUGAAAACACUGAGGGAUCACUGAGGAUUAAAGACGGGAGUCCAUGUUACCACCUAGUCUUUCAAUGUUUACACUGCGAACAAAACAGGCAUGGCCUUUUCCAGUUUGAAAUUUUGUAUAAUGUAUAUUUAUGAAACCCAGUUCUAUAUUUCCUUAAAGGUGCAAAUUGUAUUUUAAUAAUAAUCAUGAGAUGUUUUUUUCUGUGCUCUGAUAAUGAAAUUUAGUAUCAGUAAAUUCGAAAAUUUUGAAAAAUAGCAAAGAUGAUGCCAUCUACCCACUUUAAGGGUUGUGACAUUUCACUAAAACGAACCUUGAGAAUUUUUUUUUUCCCUUUGAUAUGGCUUAUGGUCAAUCAAUUCUGGUAUGGGCUAGUGCACAUGUGCCAAAUGUGUUUGGCUUCCUAAAGGCAGUGGCAACCCAGUUGUUCAAUUUUACACAAAUAAAACAUAAUGCAUCCAUUACAGACAAAAUUGCGAGAGAGUUUUUCACAUAAAAGAUUUAUUACUUGUAAUGCAUGUUACAGCAUUUACACUUUUUGUUUUGCAUUUUUUAUGUUCCUCUAUCCUUUUGCUGUACUGAUCAGCAGUAUAAUAAAAAAAAACCAACCCCAUAUAUUUAAAUUGAAGAGAUUUUGGUGUAAAUUUAUUAUAUGAAAAUAUUGAUUCAGAGCACUUUUGGUGACCCAAGAAAAUCCUUUGUUGUUAAUGGCUUAAAAGCUGGAAUAGUGCUAAUUUUAUUGUUUAUUUUGUUUGUAGAAGAGGGGGGAGGGUGAAAAAUGUUACAAUAAAUUGAUUUGCAUUAGCAA